AUGCGUUUGGAAGUUGUGAACCUGUCUGAUUGGGAAAGGGUUGGAGAGUGCCUGGGGAAGAACUGGAAACAACAGACAUCUUUAGCAUCCCAGGGGAUGCCGCCGUACCGCCCCUCCGGCGGGACCCGCGGUGUCUUCCACGCACCCCCAUCCCCUCCAGGCGAGAGGCUACCUCAGGUGAUGGCGGACGAGACGGCGGGGGGCCUAGAACCGCCAGGCGCCCGUCGCCCGACCUCGCCGCUGGCCGCGGACCUGCCUGAGGCCAUCCGGUGGGAGCUGGAAGCUGUGAGUGCCCAGGCGGACUGGCCCUACCUGCGGCUGGAACGCAGGUUUGGACGCAUGCGCCGUCUGCACUUGGUACGUAGGCGCUUCAUCAUCCAGAAUAUUUCUGGCUUCUGGGUCACUGCCUUUCUGAACCACCCGCAUCUGUCAGACAUGAUCGGUCCUCGUGAUGAAGACGUGCCCUGGUACUUGGUGAAUUUGGAGGUGAGGGAGCUCAGGCAUGCCAGGAUGCGCUGCAGUUUCAAGUUUUGGAACAAUCCCUUCUUCUGGAACAAGGUGUUCGUGAAGGAGUAUGAGUGCAGAUCCUCAGGACCGGUGGUGUCAGUUGCAAGUCUCAUCCGAUGGCACCAGGGCCAAGAACCCCCUGUUCUGGUACACAGGAACUGGGACACUGUUCGCAGCUUCUUCAGCGGGUUCUCACAGAACAACCUCCCAGAGGCUGACAAGGUUGCCCAGAUUAUAGAGGACUUGUGGCCCAAACUCCUGCAGUACUACCUACUGGGGGAAAGACACCCCCCACCCCACCCCCCGCGGAGCCAGCAGAGGUCUAGCAAGGUGGCGCACAGAGGCCCCUCCUAUGUCCUGCAGGUACCAGUCUGGCUAAGCCCUGCACUAGGACCUGGCAUCUACAUAAGACUGCCUUCUGCCUCUUGUGGACCUGUGCUCAAGCCAAUGACAUAGCUCUGCUGUCUGCUUUCUCUUUCAUGCACCCUGGCCCCUCCGAACAUUCAGUGGACUCUGCUCCAAGAUUGUGGCCUCCGUGGCCAAGCUCUUUUGUUUCCAUGCGGCCUUUGGGCAUCACAUAGCUGUCACAUGCCACAGUUCUACCCAGGCACCCAGCGCUAUGGAUGUGUACUCCCAUUAUCUUUGUGGCCCCAGCCUGCUUCUGAUCAUGGCCUUCCCACUCCACACCUUUUUUUUUUCUUUUUUUUUCUUUUUUUUUAAGCAAGCUCUAUGUCCAAUGUGGGGUUUGAACUCAGUGAUUCUGAGAUCGAGAGUCCCAUGCUCUACUGACUGAGCCAGCCAGGCGCCCCCUUCCCACCCACUUUUGACAAGGGCACCCACAAGUCAGCACUAGGAGGACCAGGGCCUCUUUGAGGCUCACUACUUCAAGGCCACAACACGUUGGGCUUCGUAUUUAUGCAUCCAGAAUAUUGGCUGUGGCAAGCUGAGUCUCAUCAUCCAAGAAGGGGAUGCAUUUGGUGUUGCCUGUCAGCCAGUCUUGGACAUUCCAUAGCCUCAGGGCCUCAGGACUGCAGGACCACAUGAUGAGGUCAGGGCUGUGAAGCAGUGGGCAAGGCAUUCUUUGUGAUCACACUGCUUUUCUUACCCCUGCAUUGGUACUACCCCACGGCCUGCUAUCCGCUUAUCAAGAUCUGUGAUAUCCUGCCAGUGUUUGGCCAUCAUCCCUUCUGAGUUCCACCCAGGCUCCCACCGCUGCUGCCUGCUCCCAGGUCUGUAAGGACCUCAACAACCGCCUGCCAAUGCGCAAGAAAACCCCCAGCCCCCUAGGAACUCUGCCACACUGGCAUAUCCGGGCAUGUGCUCAAGGCAGGGGCAAUGAUGGGGGUUCUUUCCCAGAAGCCUACCUUCCUGAGCCCCAGUCACUAGGCCCACACAGAAUCCCCUGGGCCCCUGCCCCCAUCUCCAGUCUCUGCCUGUCUUUAGGCUGCCAGGUUGCAGUACAGCAGGGCUGUUUCUAGUCAUGGGACCUGUCCAUACCUGCUCAGAUCUCACAUAUUUCUUUUCAUUUUCUUUAAAAUGACAGCUCAAAAACAAACAACUGAAGAAGCAAGCUUCUUAAGAACAGCUAAGGAGACUGUCUUUCUUGUUGAAUUUGCCCCUCUUUGGCUCCAGAGAGGGAGGGCUGUGCUGUAGACCCCUGGGCUGGAUCUUUGCAGCCUCUUUACCCCCUUCAGCAAGGGUCCCCAGGGGCGGGGCUGUUUCAUCGUUUUGUUUGGUGCUGGGUUCUUUUAGACCAACUCUAGCCCCGGUCUCCUUUCUUCUCCUUCCACUGGGUCUAACCCCCCAUGGUGGGAUUGUAUAGGUAGAAGAGCUUAGCUGCUUCCUGGAGUCCCCCUUCCCUUGGAAGGCCUUGUCCUCUGCUCUCCAGGACCUGGGUACGGGGAGGGGAGGGCUUGACACAAAACACAGUGGUGGAUGCUUUAGGCAGGGGAAUGCAAUCGAAGCCAGAGCCCGCUGGAAAGGCAGGGUGGCUGAGAGCCCACAGGGUGUAGGGAGGAGAGCCCCCUGAUUCUUCUGAACUUUUCUGAUUCACCAAGAUGUUUUUUGAAUUAGAAGAAUUACUAACUGAACACUGCAACUUUAGAGGUUCUCUUGGCCCAGGUAUGACCUGUGCAUGUAUAAAGUUAAUGCUGUGUGUUUUUCAUUUCACUGCUUUUAAGUAAGACCCUAGGCAUCUCCUUCCCCUUUUCCACUCAGUGGAGAAAUUGAGCUGUCCAGGCCUGCUUGUUGCUUUUAGCUGAGAGCAUUUACAAGAAUGUCCAUGUAAUGUUUCUACACCACACCAUUUGGAAACUCAGAUGGCUAUUCGUGAUUGUUAUCAAGUUGUUGUGGCCUGUUAACAUAGCCCUGUACUUAGAAGUAGUAUGAAUAAGGGUUUUGUAGGACUUACGACUAGAAACUGUUACCAUGUUCUGAGGGUAACCUCCAGAAAGAUAUCGGUAAGGUCUUGAUGAUCCGGUACCUGGUGACCAUGUUGUAACUGACAUCGCUGUAACUGACGUGUCUGCCUCUAAACAGAGAAAUGUUCAUGGGGUGGCUUUAUCCAAUGAGAAGAGGAGUCAUGGCACUUCUGUCUUCUAUCUGCGUGAUUGAAAAAUAAAGACCUCUCAGUCUGGGGAAAAAAUGAUUUGGAUCACGAUAUUCCCGGAUCCAGAACCCUCCAUUGGCAGAAAAAAAAAAAAAAAAAAAAAA